AUGAAGCUCUGCCGUGGUGGAGAACGCGAAAUAAUAACAAUUCGCGGGCCACAGUGUAGUUGGAUAUCGACCGCGAAACCGCUCGGGAAGCGGAGUGUCGAAAGGCAGGUGCUGAGUAAUUGGGGCGCUCGCGGAUAUGACAGGGGCGAUGUCGGGCUCCAAUUGCACGUGACGGGCGGACGGCGGGACUAUCCAAUGAAACAAUGUGGACCCCGCAGAGGGCCCGCGCCGCUCGCAACGCUCGCCCCCGGCCUUCAGUCGCUGCACAAAUGUGCGCGCAUUGCGAGUUACGCAAUGUCUGAGUUUCAGAGCGAACUGUGUACGCGGUGCACGAGUGGCUCGCUCUCCCGCUGCGGAUCGCUCAUGCGAGUCGCAAGGCGCGCUUCGCUCGGUCCCCGCUCUUCCAUCUCAUUUGAUGUAGCGGCGGUUCCGGCUCGUAAAUCAGUUGCACGUGAAGUGGGCGGCAUUGGUGGCGGCCGCCGAGGCACCAACGGCAAAUGCGUUUUAUUGCGCGCCCGGAGCGGUGCCGGCGGGGGCCGACUGCGCGCCACAGAGCAGCCGACAGCGGUGGGGGAACUUAGGGAAAAGCAAACAUGGAACCUA